UGUGUGUGUGUGUGUGAGAGAGAAAGCUCAUUGCUCUGUCACCUGCCACCCUGUGCUUUCUCAACAGCUUUAGCUUAUUGACAGAAGAGCAGCGUUCCAGGAGCCACAAGCAGGAUCUUACUGUUUAUCCCCAAACACUCCGAGGGAGCGUGGGAGGGCGUGUGUGUGUGUGUGUGUGUGUGCGUGUGUGUGUGCGUGUGUGUGUGCGUGUGUGUGUGCGCGUGUGUGUAAGGAAGGUAGAUAAUGUUUGCAGAAUGACCUUAGCUAUGUUGUCUACUCGAAAGGGCAGAAUCACUCAGGAUUAGAGGGAAGGACAUUUUUCGAGGGACAUGACAGCAUAGGCUUGUUAGUUUGGCCACAUUCGGUAAACCGGAGCGUUCUUUUGUUUUUCGCAUGACGUCAUUUGUCUUAGAACGGUUUCUCACUGAGGAUGUGAUGGAGAAUGGAACUAUUGGAAGCAGAUGUCUUUUCUUUAUUCACCAAGAAGCUAUGUAAAGCCUGAGCAAAUAGACUAAAGCCAGUCCCCAUGUUUGGACCCGUGUGUGUGUGCGCGUGUGUUUUGUGAAAGCCCAGUUCGUCAGUGCCGCUGUGGUGCAGCGUUUGAGCCACAAUGCAGGCCUUUGUGCAGUGUGUUUGUUUACAAUGAUGCCCUCCUGCUUUGCAUAACUCCACAAGGGAGGGCCAGUCAUGUGAUGGAGAGAAUGUGAGCAGAGAGAGAGAGAGAGAGAGAGAGAGAGGGAAGAGAAAAGAAAGCAAUGCUAUUAAAUGCACUAUCAGUGCGGUCUGUGUUUGGGCCAUUUUUUUCUCUUCUCAGGCCUCAAGCUGGAUGAUGUCAUGCACUUUGGGAUUAGUGCUAGAAGGGAAUGGGUGAGAAGUUAUUCCAGAGCGGUGAUGGGGUUAGCAACAUUCUCCAUUUCUGCUUGGGAAUGGAGUCUCAUGGUUAAUCAGUGGGUUGGAGGAAAGUCAAAGGGUCAUGCUUAAAAGAUGUUGAUGUUAAAGGUGGGGUCGGUGAUGUUUCAUUCAGAACCCUUUAGUAAUAUUUGGCGACGUUCAGCUCACAGACUAGUGAGUGUCGAUAAAUUAUGCGCUCAGAGGAAAAACUCUGGUCUCUCUGGUGUCCCUCAGGGGUCUGUAAACAGGAAGAGAAGAGCAUGAUGCAAACCAUCCAGCCAGUCCUGACAAGACGUUGCCUGUCGCUCGCACUGCCUGUCACUUCAGAAAGCUUUCCUUCAUGCGCUUGCAUUCGCACGUUGUUGAUGAACGUGUGACUUUGGUGUAUAACCUGAGAGAGAGGGACAUUUUACAUAGACAUCAUCAGCUUCACUAAAUUCCACUUGUAGAUCCCUAAUGAGCAAUCCAGAGGUGACGGUGUCCAGGGAAAACUCCCUGAGACAACAUGAGGAAGAAUCAAACCCGUCCUCUUCUGGGUGACACCAAGUCGUGGGAUAAUAACUCAUUAGGCAGAGGAUGUGUAAAUCAUUAUCCAUCACACUGAGGAACAGGAUUAUAAAAAUUUCCAUAAUAGUCUAUAUUUAUGCGACAUUUUUUCUCAUUUUCCACUUGAGACCUUUCUCGCAGCGAUCGUGCCAUUAAUUUCCCGGUAAUGAAUGUAGCAUUCUCUGAGUGUUGUUUAUGUGCUAAAAUAGACGAGUGACACUGAAUCCGAACUGUCCCUUAGCCGUCAUAUUCCAGAUUAAGCUAACCAAUAAAUAGCUAGCUACAUUUUUCCCCACUCGGCUAGCUAGUUAGUUCAUUUAAAUCAAGAUUGCUAAUGAAUACAACAACAAAAAACUAGUUAGCUUGCGUUGGCAACGAUCUGGGCAGAUUGUUUAAUGACAGAUGUUUGAUCUGUGCAUUCAAAUUGAGAGAGGAUAGGCCCAUGCUGUAGACAUUUAUGACCACUGGAUUAUUUCGAAUAGUCACAUUCUUUGAAAUCCCGGCUACAGACGUACGUGGAAAUAAUUGAAACCUCAAGUCCGGAUGUUUGCAGGAAUUAUUUGCGCGUUUAUGGACGCUGCAGUGAUUGCGAGCUGCAUUUACUUCCAUUGUUCACUAUUUCUCCUGAAGUUUUGAAAUGCUACUAUCGUACGUGUCGGCAUUCGCAAACACCGAAGUGUGCAGUUGCGCCAGUGAGCACGCUGCUAGAAUGUUUUUAACAUUCUAUGGUACGGAAUAACAAAGACAUCAAAAUGACUGAUGGCCUUCAGGAUUUUCCAUCAGUGCUUUUAAAAUUCAGUAAAUAACAGGAAAAUCUCGAUUAACACAACCCCGAUUACUGUACACGAGUGUAGAAGAGUAAAGGCAAACGGUACCAAGUGUGUUGAACAUGGCUGUUCUGUAUGAGUAGAUGGACGAGCACAGGAGAGUCUUCAUGAUUACAGCAGAAAUCUACAGUUUCAAGUGAGAUUAUCCACCGAAGCAAGAAGGAGAGCGUUCUGGCAAAGUGCAGUCUUUUACCGUAUCCAUGUGGGACCAUGUGCAACAGCAGAAGGCGAGUUGCAGAAGUGAAUCGAGCACUUCCGCAAACGUGUUUCAGUAUCAGGCAUCACAUCACCUCCUGAAGUUUCAUUCGCAUCGUGAUGAAAAACUGUUGGCUAAACCUUGCUUUACAACUCUUUCAUUUUCUCAGGCCAUCAAAUAAAUCAAAUAAAGGGUUAUAAAACAAGCCAGGCUGUGUGUGUGCGUCUGAUCCUGAAACCUACCAGGCGCUUAUAUAUCAUAUAUAUACACACACCAAGGCUGUGUAUGUUUAAAAAUUUCCAUAACUUUUUAUGGUUUGGGGAAGAACGUUGAUUUUUUUUUUUUUUUAAGAAAGCUGACAUCCUGUUUAGAAUGGAAAAGAACUGAGUGAACAGGGAGUGGGUGGGUAGGAAUGCGUCUUGAUUCGUUUUUUUCCCCCCCUCCCUGAACAUAAGUGUGUUGUAACGCGUAUAAUACAGCGAGCGUUUGCAUGAAUGACUUAUUUGCGUCAUCGUGCGCUCUCUCUCUCCUCCUCUCCCACCCCACUGCGCUGCAGUCAGGGAUGACGCAUCAGCAUCAGCAUCAGCGCCGCGAACACAGGAUGUGUGCUUUGCUUCAGACUCGUAGACGGAUCAAGAGAGUGGAAAGAAUAGCGACGGAGCAGGAGCCGUUCUGUUUCUGUCUGAAGCGCUGGAGAGAAGCCAGUGAGCGUUUGCAGCGUGCUGAUGACAUCACCCUCUUCUCCUCCCCUCCCCUCCCCUCCAUGAGCCAUUGAAACGAGCUUUAUUUAUUUAUUUCUUGCUUUCUUUCUUUCUUUUUUUUUUUUUACAAGCCCCCGAGAGAGAGUGCUAGCCAGCAGUAGGACGGGGAGGGGUUGGCUUCGAGCGAAUGGAGAGGGAGAGUAGUGUGUGUUUGCUGAGCAGCAGAGGUUUGCGCACACAGGAAGAGAAAGACGAGCGGAAUAUCACUGCUCUCCGCUGCUUAGCGCGACACAGUUCCUCUCUCGCACUGAAACACGCGACAAACUUUGCUCUGGAUUUAUAAUUCGGUGGCUUUUCUGUUCUCUCAUCACUUGCAGUUCCUCCGCCAGGGUGUUUUUCUCACUCCAGUCUUCACUCUUCAACUUCAUUCUUGGCUGUGCAGCCGUGUGCGUGCGUGUGUGUGUGUGUGUGUGUGUUGAGCAGCAUGAUUCCAUGUGACAUACAAAAUGAACAUCCUACACACACACCUUGCUGCAGAAGUGUGUGCACGUUUGACGUACUACUGGUGUGACGGAAGGAGGCUCAGACGCGUUUUGUUUUUACCCGACACCUCUGUGGUUACGUCAUGUUGAGUCUGCAGGAUUCUGUAUUCUUUGAGAUCAGCAUCAAAUCUCUUCUCAAAUCAUGGAGCGGGAACUCCUCUGUCCCAGUGAGCAGCAGCAGCAGCAGCGCGAGUAGACGCCACACGGCUCUGUCCGUUCCACUCAGCUGGGAGAAGCGCAGCGUUCACGCCGCAGCCAUGUCCAGCAUCACCAUCGACCCCGAGCUCAAGCCCGGGGAGUUCGUCAUCAAGAGCCUUUUCGCCGAGUUCGCCGUCCUCGCCGAAAAGAAGAUCGAGGUGGUCAUGGCUGAACCGCUGGAGAAGCCUUUAUCCAGAUCUCUGCAGAGAGGGGAAGAUGCGCAGUUUGAUCAGUUAAUAAGCUCUAUGAGCUCGAUAGCGGAACACUGUUUGCCCUCGCUGCUGCGCACACUGUUCGACUGGUACAGGAGGCAGAGCGGCACCGAGGAUGAGUCCUACGAAUACAGACCCAGAUCCAGCACCAAGUCCAAAGGGGACGAGCAGCAUCGGGAUAAAGACUACCUACUGGAGAGGAGGGACUUAGCCAUAGACUUCAUUUUUUGUUUAGUUUUAGUCGAGGUUUUGAAACAGAUUCCUCUUCAUCCUGUACCAGAUGCAUUAGUACACGAGGUCCUUAACCUGGCCUUUAAGCACUUUAAACACAAAGAGGGGUACUCUGGCCCCAACACUGGUAACGUGCACAUCAUUGCAGAUCUGUACGCCGAGGUCAUCGGAGUCCUCACUCAGUCCAAGUUUCAGGCAGUGCGCAAGAAGUUCAUCACAGAGCUAAAAGAGCUGCGGCAGAAAGAGCAGAGUCCUCACGUGGUGCAGAGCAUCAUCAGCCUCAUCAUGGGCAUGAAGUUCUUCAGAGUCAAAAUGUAUCCUGUGGAAGACUUCGAGGCUUCCUUCCAGUUUAUGCAGGAAUGUGCUCAGUAUUUUCUUGAGGUAAAAGACAAGGAUAUAAAGCAUGCUCUGGCUGGCUUGUUUGUGGAGAUCCUCAUCCCUGUAGCUGCUGCUGUGAAGAAUGAGGUGAACGUGCCCUGCCUGAAGAACUUUGUGGAGAUGCUCUACCAGACUACUUUCGACCUCAGCUCCAGGAAGAAGCACUCAUUGGCACUGUAUCCUCUGGUCACAUGUUUGCUGUGUGUCAGUCAAAAGCAAUUUUUCCUCAAUAACUGGCACAUCUUCCUGCAGAACUGCCUCUCACACCUAAAGAUGCCAUCAAACAACAGCAUCCGUAAGCAGAUUGAGACUCUCCAGAACAAAGAUCCCAAAAUGUCUCGUGUAGCACUGGAGUCCCUCUACAGGCUGCUGUGGGUUUACAUCAUCAGAAUCAAGUGCGAGAGCAACACCACCACACAGAGUCGCCUCCUCAGUAUUGUUUCAGCACUUUUCCCCAAGGGCUCCCGCAGUGUGGUACCCAGGGACACACCACUUAACAUCUUUGUCAAGAUCAUUCAGUUCAUUGCUCAGGAAAGGCUGGACUUUGCCAUGAAAGAAAUCAUCUAUGACCUGCUCUGUGUUGGCAAGUCUCACAAGACCUUCACCAUCAACCCAGAGAGGAUGAAUAUUGGUUUACGGGCAUUCCUGGUGAUAGCAGACAGCCUCCAGCAGAAAGACGGCGAGCCACCUAUGCCCACCACCGGUGCCAUCCUGCCCUCGGGUAACACCUUACGGGUCAAAAAAAUCUUCCUCAACACCACCCUCACCGAUGAGGAGGCAAAGGUCAUCGGAAUGUCUCUGUACUACCCUCAGGUGAGAAAGGCUUUAGAUAACAUCCUCAGGCACCUGGAUAAAGAGGUGGGCCGCUCCAUGAGCAUGACCAGCGUGCAGAUGUCCAAUAAAGAGCCAGAGGACAUGAUCACUGGAGAGAGGAAGCCGAAGAUCGAUCUCUUCCGGACAUGUGUAGCCGCCAUCCCCAGACUGAUCCCCGAUGGCAUGAGCAGACAAGACCUAAUUGAGCUCCUGGCCAGACUGACCAUUCACAUGGACGAGGAGCUGCGUGGCCUGGCGUUCACCACUCUGCAGGCGCUGAUGGUGGAUUUCUCCGACUGGAGGGAGGAUGUGCUCUCGGGCUUUGUGUACUUCAUCGUGAGGGAGGUGACGGACGUGCAUCCCACGCUGCUGGACAACGCCGUCAAGAUGCUGCUGCAGCUCAUCAUUCAGUGGAGACAAGCUGUACAGAGCAGCAACCGCAGCCAGGACGCACAGGGCUCUAAGGGGAGUGGGUGUCUCCCUCUGGAGCGCUCUCCUGUCGUGGGUGUGCUGCACGUGGUGGAGGGUCUGGCUCUCGUGGUGCUGUGCAGCUGUAGGCCGGCCACACGCCGCCUUGCUGUCAACGUACUUAAAGAAGUGCGCGCACUCCACAACGCCCUGGGCAUCGCCAAGGGUGACGAGGAGUUGGCUGUAGAUGUGAUGGAUAGGGUGAGCGCUUCAGUACUGGAGAGCUUCAUCCAUCUCACUGGUGCAGAUCAGACCAGUCUGCUGUACUGUCCCAGUGGAAUAGACCUACAGUCUCUGGCCGAGUGGAGCUCUUCUCCCAUCAGCCACCAGUUUGACGUAGUCAGCCCGUCGCACAUUUGGGUUUUUGCACAUGUGACUCAGGGUCAGGACCCGUGGGUCAUCAGCCUGUCCAGCUACCUACGCCAGGAGAACCUGCCCAAGCACUGCCCCACUGCGCUGAGCUACGCCUGGCAUUUCGCCUCCACCCGGCUGCAGCUGCUCUCCCCACAAGUUGACAUCAAUAGCCCGAUCAAUGCUAAGAAGAUGAACAGCUUGAGCAGCAGCGACUCAUACGUCGGCCUGUGGAGGAACUACCUGAUCCUUUGUUGCAGCUCUACAACCUCCUCUUCAUCCUCCUCUUCAUCCUCUUCCUCGUCCUCAGCCACCGGCUCUGUCCGCUGUUCCCCUCCAGAGACGCUGGCGUCCACCCCGGACAGUGGAUACAGCUACGAGUCAAAGAUCAUUGGCAUUCCGUCCCCCUCUUCCUUGUUCAAGCAUGUGGUUCCUAUGAUGCGCUCUGAGAGCAUGGAUAUAACGGAGUCUCUUGUCCUGGGGCUUGGCCGGACCAACCCUGUCGCUUUCAGAGAGCUCUUAGAGGAGCUGAACCCCAUCAUUAAAGAGGCUCUGGAGAGAAGGCCAGAGAAUAUGAAGCGGCGCCGGCGUCGUGACAUCCUCAGAGUCCAGCUGGUCCGGAUCUUUGAGUUGCUGGCUGACUCGGGAGUCGUCAGCCAGAUUGGGAGCGGGGGGCUGGAUGGGGAGAGCCAUUCUCUGAACAGUACCCUCUUAGAGUACGUAGAUCUGACGCGGCAGCUCUUGGAGGCUGAGAAUGACAAAGACUCAGACACACUCCGAGACAUACGCUCGCACUUCAGCGCCCUGGUGGCCAACAUAAUCCAAAAUGUCCCAGUGCACCAGAGGAGGAGCAUUUUCCCCCAGCAGUCUCUGAGACACAGUCUGUUCAUGCUGUUCAGUCACUGGGCCGGACCCUUCAGCAUCAUGUUCACUCCUCUAGACCGCUACAGUGACCGGAACAUGCAGAUAAACAGACACCAGUACUGCGCUCUCAAAGCCAUGUCUGCGGUUCUCUGUUGCGGCCCGGUGGCUGAUAACGUCGGGCUUUCGUCUGAUGGAUACCUCUACAAAUGGCUAGACAACAUCCUGGACUCACAAGACCGCAAGGUUCACCAGCUGGGCUGUGAGGCCGUGAUGUUGCUGUUAGAACUGAACCCAGACCAGAGCAAUCUGAUGUUCUGGGCAGUGGAUCGCUGCUACACAGGCUCUCGCAGGGUCGCCACUGGCUGCUUCAGAGCCAUCGCUAACGUCUUUCAGAACAGGGAUUAUCAGUUUGAUACGGUGGUGCUACUGAACCUGAUCCUCUUUAAGGCUGCAGAUUCUUCUAGAGACAUCUAUGAAGUGGCCAUGCAGCUACUUCAGAUCUUGGAGUCGAAGCUCUUCCGCUAUGCCCAUAAACUGGAGAUCCAGCGCACUGAUGGGGUCCUGACUCCACCUUCACCGCUGCCCCACCUCUACUCAGUAUCUUACUACCAGCUCAGUGAAGAGCUGGCACGAACCUACCCUGAGCUCACACUCCCCAUUUUCUCAGAGGUGAGUCAGAGGAUCCAGACGGCGCACCCCGGUGGUAGACAGGUGAUGUUGCACUACCUGCUGCCGUGGAUGAACAACGUGGAGUUGGUAGAUUUUAAGCCGCUGCUGCGCCGGCAGGAGGAGACUGAGGACGAAGACAGCGCGCGUGAACGUGAGAUGAUGGUGAACAGUCGCCGGUGGCUCCGAGGCGAGGGUUGGGGAUCUCCACAGGCAACCACCAUGAUCCUAAACAACCUCAUGUUCAUGACUGCUAAGUAUGGAGAUGAGUUUGCGUGGUCAGAGAUUGAGAAUGUAUGGACCACUUUGGCAGAUAGCUGGCCCAAAAACCUCAAGAUCAUCCUACACUUCCUCAUCAGCAUAUCUGGAGUCAACAGCGAGCCAAGUCUCCUGCCUUACGUAAAGCGUGUGGUGGUCUACCUGGGAAGAGACAAAACUAUGCAGCUUUUGGAGGAGCUGAUGACCGAGCUGGAGCUGACUGACGCCGUGAGCUCAGCUGUAACCCACAUGGAUAACCCGCCGUAUUACCGCAUCACUUCCUCCUAUAAAAUCCCCUCUGUCACUGGCACUGCCUCCAGCAGUAACACUAUGGUUCCUGGGCCUGAUGGCCACCAUGACAACAAGAUCAAAGAUCCCAAUAUGGAGGACAAUUAUUCUCAUUUGGAUAUCUACAGUGGGCUAAACAGCAAUCUGAACAGACAGCACCACCGUCUGGAAUCCCGUUACAGCAGCAGCUCUGGAGGCUCCUAUGAAGAUGAGAAAAGUGACUCUAUGCCAGUUUAUGCUAACUGGCGUUUGAAGGUCAUGGAACAUAACUGUCCUGAGCCGCUUCCAUUCCCACCCACGGGAGGCUGCUGGUCUCCACUGGUUGACUAUUUGCCAGAAACCACUGCACCUGGAGUUUCCCUUCACAGGUGUAACAUUGCUGUGAUCCUGCUCACUGACCUGAUUGUGGACCACGGAGUCAAAGUGGAAUGGAGCGCUUACCUGCAUCUUCUACUGCAUGCCAUCUUCAUAGGUUUUGACCAUCAGCACCCAGAGGUCUAUGAGCACUGCAAGCGCCUGCUGCUCCACCUGCUGGUUGUCCAGGGAACCAACAACAGCGUCCAAUCACUGGCCUCCGUUCUGCUGCGCAACCGCGAGUUCCACGAGCCCAGGGUUCUCACCGUUAAACCCAUCCCUCAAGAGUUCAACCUCACAGGUGUGUCAGAGUUGGCUCCUGAAUACCAGCCUUCCCCAAUGACAGACUCUGGUUUGAGUUCCAGCUCCACUUCCUCCAGUAUCAGUCUAGGUGGCACAGCGCUGCCACACCUUCCCCACACACUGCUCAGUGAGGUACAGCUGUCUGCCGAACAGGACGAGAAGGUUAAAAACCUCAUUGAGUUCAUCAGCUCCAGGAAACGAGGUCCGUUGUGGAAUCAUGAGGACAUGUCUCCUAAAAACACCAGCAUCAAGAGUGCCGAGCAGCUCAGCGUCUUCCUCAGACACGUUGUUACGGUCUUCAAACAGAGCCAGUCAGGAUUCCAGUUGGAGCAGCUGCUGAGUGAAGUGGCCUUGCAGACUGCUCUGUCAUGUUCCUCUCGCCACUACGCCGGCCGUUCUUUCCAGAUCUUCAGGGCUCUGAAACAGCCGCUCACGGCCUCCACGCUCUCAGACGUGCUGUCACGUCUAGUGGAAACUGUGGGAGACCCAGGAGAGGAGGCUCAGGGCUUUGUGAUAGAGUUGCUAUUAACUUUGGAGGCUGGUAUAGAUACUCUGGCUGAUAACAUGAAGAAUUAUGACCUGCUCACAGCAUUAUCACAAGCUUCGUGCCAUGAUCCUUUGCUCGGUACCAAGUUUGCCAUCAACAGGAAGAGCACGGGCCAGCUGAACCUGAGCACUGGCGGCCUGUUGCACGUGCACUACAGCCACAUACGCAGUAACUCGCUGCGCGCCAGUCUCAUGGGCGAGCGCAGGGGCGACCGGAGGAGGAGCAACACGCUCGACGUGGCCGACCGCUCGGGAGCCAACCACGGCAACCUGGCCCGCACGCGCAGCUUAUCAUCCCUCUGUGAGGGCGGCGUGCUGGCUGGUGGGGGAGGGGGAGGGGGUGGUCCCGGGACUGGUACAGGAGACCCUGGACCGCCUGCGGACCCCACGAACCUGCUAGCGACGCUCUUCUGGAUCGCAGCGUCGCUCCUGGAGUCAGACUACGAGUUUGAGUACCUGCUGGCGCUGCGCCUGCUGAACAGGCUACUGGCCCAGCUGCCCCUGGACAGAGCUGACAGCAGGGAGAGACUGGAGCGCGUACAGACCAAGCUGCGCUGGUACAACUUCCCCGGCCUGCUGCAGCUGUUCCUCAAGGGCUUCACCUCAGCUGCCACGCAGGAGCUCACCAUACACCUGCUGAGCAAGCUUAUCAGUGUGUGUCGGCACACACUCGUGGACCCCUCACAGGUGGCAGGUUUUCCGCUGAACAUCCUGUGCCUGCUGCCUCACCUGAUCCAGCACUUUGACAGCCCCACAGCAUUCUGCAAGGAGACGGCAGACCGCAUCGCCAAAGUCUGCGCCGAGGAGAAGUCAGCCACGCUGGCCAACCUGGCGCACAUGAUGAGCCUGUACUCCACACACAGCUACUCACGAGACAGCACCAACUGGAUCAACGUGGUCUGCCGCUACCUCCACGACGCUUUCGCAGACAUCACCUUUAACCUCGUAACGUAUCUAGCUGAGUUACUAGAGAAAGGGCUACCCAGCAUGCAACAGUCUCUGCUGCAGAUCAUUUACAGCUUGCUGAGUCACAUAGACUUGUCAGCUGCCCCUGUCAAACAGUUCAACCUCGAGAUCAUGAAGAUCAUAGGCAAAUAUGUGCAGAGCCCGUACUGGAAAGAGGCCCAGAACAUUCUGAAGUUGGUGGUGUCUCGCUCUGCCUGUUUGGUGGUACCUGAUGAGGUGCAGCGCUCCUACAGUGCCGAGUCGUCAGGCUCACCCGAGAUCACCUUCACCCGCAUCUUCAACAACGCUUCCAAAGAGCUGCCUGGCAAAACACUGGACUUUCACUUUGACAUCUCAGAGACACCCAUAAUAGGGCACAAGUAUGGAGACCAGCGCAAUGCGGCUGGUCGGAACGGAAAACCUCAGGUCAUUGCUGUGACCAGGAGCACAUCCUCCACAUCAUCUGGGUCGAACUCGAAUGGCCUGGUACCAGUCAGCUGGAAGAGACCUCAGCUAUCCCAGAGGAGAACUCGAGAGAAGCUGAUGAACGUCCUGUCUCUGUGUGGACCAGAGACUGGCCUGCCCAAAAAUCCUUCAGUAAGUGUGGUGUUCUCCUCAAACGAGGACCUGGAUGCAGGUGACCAGCAGACCAGCCUGAUCCCCACCGUAGAGGAAGUGACACGGGAGGAGGAUGGGCAGGCAGAAGACGCAGGAAGCGAGCAGCAGUUUGGAGUGUUCAAGGACUUUGACUUCCUGGAUGUGGAAUUGGAAGAUGCAGAGGGUGAGAGCAUGGACAACUUUAACUGGGGCGUGCGGCGGCGCUCUCUGGACAGCAUGGACAAAGGUGACACGCCGUCGUUGCAGGAGUGCCAGUACACAGGCAGCACGCCAAGCCUCAAUCUGACCAACCAAGAAGAUACGGAUGAGUCGUCUGAGGAGGAGGUACUGAGCGCUAGCCAGAUUCUCACCCGCUCCAACCUCCUCAAUAGUGACUCUGCUACGGACGACGCCACGUCCAAUCACAUGGAUUCUCUACAGCAGUCCCAGGAAUCUUCCAGUAGCGUCCUCACUGAGGAGGCUCUGCCCACCCCGCCGUUGCCCCGCCCAGACAGCCCUAUCCAUGAGACCGCGCAUUCUGACAGCAAUAUCAGCCAGCUGCCUGAGGACGCCAGCGUGACGGCGGUGGAUGAGCUGAGCAGCAGCGUCAGUGAGGACACGGGCUUCUGCAGUGCCCCCCCUUUACCCUCAGACCCCCCAGAGCUGUGUGAGCUCCCUGACCCUCCUGAUGACCCAGACCCUGCUCCUCCACCUCUAGGCAUGGACAGUCCACCUGGCUCGCUUUGCGAAGAGGAAACGGCACCAGACUCGGUGUGCGAUGAAGACGUAACUCUGGCACUCAAGGAACUCGAUGAGAGGUGUGAAGAAGAAGAGGCUGACUUCUCUGGCAUGUCCAGUCAGGAUGAGGGUGACGCGGAUGGGUUCCCUGAGCUCGAGUCCUCUCCACCCCCAUCUCCUUUUCUCUCUGCCAUCCUGGCAGCAUUCCAGCCUGUCACCUAUGAUGAUGAGGAGGACGCCUGGCGUUGCCACGUCAACCAGAUGUUAUCUGAUACGGACGGAUCCUGUGCGGUCUACACUUUUCACGUGUUCUCUCGUCUCUUCCAGCACAUUCAGAGAAAAUUUGACUCAAUUACUCACGCUUCAGUACGUUUUCUCGGUGACGGGCUCCAGCGAAUGGGAAACCAGUUCCUCAGCUCCCUGGAGGUCAUGACCUCCUGCUCGCAGUGCCCCACAGUCUUACUGGAUGCAGAGACUCUGGUUUCUUGUGGGCUGUUGGAGACAUUAAAAUUCAGUGUACUGGAGUUGCAGGAGCAUCUGGACACGUACAAUGGCAAAAGAGAGGCAGCUGAACAGUGGUUAGAGAAUUGCAGAAAGACCUUCGGUGAUAAAGACAGCAGCCGUCGACAGACCACUCAAGCUCAGCAAAUGGAAAUUCUAGCAGAGCUGGAGCUGUGUCGGAGGUUGUACAAGCUUCAUUUUCAGCUGCUGCUGCUCUUUCAGGCCUACUGCAAACUCGUUAGCCGAGUGGAAACCAUAAAGAGAGAGGCCGAGGUAACCAACAUGUCAGAGGAGCUCGCCAUUUUGGAGAGCUGUCUGAAAGAGGCGGAGUCAGUGAGUGAUGGACAGGAGGGGGUGAGCGUGUCUGCAGCAGUGCAGUCCAGCACAGAGACGGCGAUCCACUCGCUGAUCGAGAGCCUCCGAGCACGAGACUUCAGUUCUGCCCUCGCACAAGUCAAAGCCUUUAGAUGCUUGUGGCCUAAUGACAUUUUUGGCAGUGAGAAGGACAACGCAGUGCAAACCUUGCUGCAUAUCUACUUCCGUCACCAGACGCUGGGUCAGACCGGGUGUGUAGCCGUGGUGGGGCCAAGCAGAGAUCUGUCUCAGGCCAGCAGUCGCCUCAUGGAGCUCAACCUGCAGAUCCGCGAGGCUUUACGCCAAGCACAGAGCUCCCAGAGCCACAUCUACAGCCAAACACCCACUGCUGAGACCCAGAUCAACACACACAAUACAGUCCUCAGCUCAGGACUGUGAAAAGACCCUGCAAGUCAAAAGUCGAGACUAGCGAAUGGGUUCCAGCAGCGAGCAGAAGUAUGGUGUCUUCAGUGGGAGGGGCUAAGGGCUGGGGUAUUUCUUGACACUUCACCUUAAAGGGCUAAUGGACGUGUACGUAUACGUACGUACGUGUGUGUGUGUGUGUGUGUGUGUGGGUGUGUGUGUGUGAGGAUUAUAUUGACUUUAACUGUGCUUCAGACACAAAUUCAUUUUCCUCUUCUUUUCCUUGCCGUUUUGUUCUUUCUCUGAAAUAACACGCAACCGCUGUGUAAAGCACUGAUGACCAGACUGAGGAAGAGAUACCGGGCGAUGAUGAUGCUAAACUGGAAACUUUAGCGGAACGACCUAUGACCUCUGGUGUGUCAAAGAAAGAAAAAACAAAAAAAAAAAAAAAAAAAAGACCUGUGUGUAGAGCACUGGGAUCAUAACGGUUGUUUGGUGGUGGGGUUGCUAUGGAAACAGUGUACAAGUCAUAUUUUACUCAUCAAACACAACAAUAAGUUUUCAAAUGCAUGCUUGAAAGUGAGGAAGCACUGCAAGAAAUAUUUUUUGAGAAAUAUAUUUUUUAUUAGAGCUAACAAUCCUAGGUUGUAAAUGUAAAGGGUAUUUAAUGUAUAAUUGAGAAGCGAGGCCUCGGCCCUCGGACUCUGUAUAAAGAGAGGAUUAACUUUAUUGACCUGCGUCGAGCAGAAACUUUAGCUUUCACUGGGUUGCUCUAACAAAACUCGUACUCUAUAACCAAAUAAGUAGCUGCCUGUAGACAACCAUAGACUCAUGUGUCAGUGUGUGAGGACGCAUCUGUAUGUGUGAGUGUGUGAGUGUGUGUGUGUGUGUGUGUGUGUGUGUGUGUGUUUGUGUGUGUGUGUGAGCGCGAGAGUGUUACGUAUGGCCGAUCUUUGCACACACAUUCUCACAUGCACAUUAGCACAUUAAAAUGCACACAGUGCAAACUGGCUGCAACUCAUUAUGGAAAUGUCAAUAACUUAUUGUACUCUGUAUAUAUUUUAGAAAAAUGUAUAGUGUAAAAGCAGUAUUUUUUCCCUUGUACAUUUGUGUAAUGCACUGUUCAACCAGAAUAGAGUAUGAAGCUAAUGCAAAAAAGAAAUAAAUCAAUAAAAAUAAAAAAUAAAAAAAACAGCUGUAACAGUCACUAACAAACCUCUUUGCCCUAGAUACACAAAUCUAAUUUUCAGCUUUUUCUUUUAACCAGCAAGCGUGGCUGGGAGCAGGUGACGGGCCUCGUCCGCUCCUGUCACUCUGACGCUCUCUUGCCUUUUCCCAGCUGUGCUUGGACAUAUGCAUUCCUUAAUCUCCACUGUGAUCUUCACGUUGGCUCGCAGUCUCCUGCUGACGCCAUGCUUUAAAGUCCCUGCCGAGGGGGGAAACCGGGGGCCGGUGGUCAUCCAUGUUGGCUCGGUGUGAUCUCCCAGACUCAGGGCUGCACUGAUGAUGGGUUAUUGGCCCCGCUGCGCUUUUUCAAAAGCACUGUGCUUCUUUUUCGCUUGACCACACAACACGAAGCGCUUACUUACAGCAUUGGAGGGACAUGACAGUGUCACGGCACAUUUUUUUUUUUUUUUUUUAGUCAUUGUAUUCAUUCCUUAGAGAAUUUUUUUCUGUUGCUUGUCUGGUACAUUUUGGAUGCUGUUCUUAAUUAUUUAAUGGAUAUAUUAUUUCCCUGGAGAAAAUAGUUUUUAUUUAGAGGUGCAUUAUCCAGUUUUUUCUCAUGUUCCUUUUUUUUUUGUUGUUUUUUUUUUUUUCCCUCUUUGUCAUCUCACUCACCUGUCUUACCCUGUCCUGAUUAAAUAAAAAGCAAAUUGACCACA